AGGGAGUCUGGACACAGCUGGAUGUCUCUGACCCAUGUGCAUUUGUCUUGAUUUUCUUGGUACCGUUUUCUGACUGUGAGUGUUUGGGACAUAUGGCAUGUUAGGCAAAGUUGCCAUGGCAUUGCACAAACAUAUGUGCAAAUAGUACAACGUAUGCUUUAUGCAAGUGUUUGUACAGACAAGGUUUUCCCCUCCCACAAGUUUCUCCUGUGUUUUUGAGCAAUCACGGUUUGAGGUUUUGAGGCUAUGACGUGCACGGGGCGCAACGGCCUCUAAUUGGUGGAGAACCAGAUCGAUCACCCGACCCUGGUCUAUUUACCGGAUCUAAAUGUUUGCAUAGGAUCACGCCCACAAAGAGGUUUGUGGGCGUGUAUGGGGGCUGGGCAGCUCCGCCUCUCCUCCCUCUUCCUGACUUGUUAUAAAACAAGAGCCAAAAGCAAAAGAGUUAUAUUUUGGCUCCUGGUGAGAACAACUCAUCUCAUCAUGACGAUCCCGACAGAAAAAGAGAAGACUGUGUUGACUUACUCCAAAUGCAGAGGGAUCAUGACUUUAGUCAUCGCUUUCAUGAAACAGAGGAGGAUGGGUCUGAACGACUUCAUUCAGAGGCUCGCCACGAACUCCUAUGCGUGCAAGCACCCUGAGGUUCAGUCUAUUCUGAACUUGAGUCCUCCUCAGGAUGCUGAGCUCAUGAACACAAACCCCUCUCCCCCUCCCAGUCCAUCCCAGCAGAUCAACCUCGGUCCGUCCUCCAACCCCUCAGCCAAACCCAGCGACUUCCACUUCCUCAAGGUGAUCGGCAAGGGCAGCUUCGGCAAGGUCCUGCUGGCGCGCCACCGCACGGACGACCAGUUCUACGCCGUCAAAGUCCUACAGAAGAAGGCCAUCCUCAAGAAGAAGGAGGAAAAACACAUCAUGUCAGAGAGGAAUGUGCUGCUGAAGAAUGUCAAGCACCCGUUCUUGGUGGGACUGCACUACUCUUUCCAAACAGCGGACAAACUCUACUUCAUCCUGGACUACAUCAACGGAGGAGAGUUGUUCUACCAUCUACAGAGAGAGCGCUGCUUCCUGGAGCCCAGAGCCAGGUUCUACUCCGCGGAGAUCGCCAGCGCCCUGGGCUACCUCCACUCGCUCAACAUCGUCUACAGGGACCUGAAGCCGGAGAACAUCCUGCUGGACUCGCAGGGACACAUCAUCCUCACAGAUUUCGGCCUGUGCAAGGAGAACAUCGAGCCCAACGGGACCACGUCGACCUUCUGCGGUACGCCAGAGUAUUUAGCUCCUGAGGUGCUUCACAAGCAGCCGUACGACAGGACGGUGGACUGGUGGUGUUUAGGAGCUGUUCUCUACGAGAUGCUCUAUGGCCUGCCUCCGUUCUACAGCCGCAACACAGCAGAGAUGUACGACAACAUCCUGAACAAGCAGCUGCAGCUGAAACCCAACAUCUCCAACGCGGCCAGACACUUGCUGGAGGGCCUUCUGCAGAAGGACCGCACCAAGAGGCUGGGCUGCACGGACGACUUUAUCGAAAUCCAGAACCACGUAUUCUUCUCUCCCAUCAGCUGGGAUGAACUCAAUGCCAAGAAGAUCACCCCUCCCUUCAACCCCAACGUGACAGGACCCAACGACUUGCGGCACUUUGACCCCGAGUUCACAGACGAGCCGGUGCCCAGCUCCAUCGGCUGCUCCCCGGACAGCGCACUCGUCACGGCCAGCAUCAAAGAGGCGUCAGAGGCCUUUGUGGGCUUCUCCUACGCCCCCUCCAUGGACUCCUACCUAUAGGAUUUAAACACAAGACAAUCAGAUGGACACUAGUUUUAGAUUUACCGGGCAUGAACUGCAUCCACGGACCUGCAUCUUGACCCCACCCGACUUUUCCUCAACGUCAUGGGGAUGGAUGUUUUUCAAACCAACCCCUGCAACAGCUCAGCAUCUACAAAAUGAAAUGUAUACAUGUGUUCUUGCCAUAUUCUCUCCAACUCUUGAAUGCAUUUUGAGAUGACUUGCUACAGGAGGAUCCCUGUAGCUCAAAUGACUCGCUGGGGUUGUAAUCCUCCAUUUUUACCACGAUUUACCGAUGCACAAAUUCUUCCUCCUUCUGCCUCGGACACACAACAACAUCCCUCCCCAGUUUUUCGAUUGCCCGUCUUUAAUCUGAUAGUGGAUGUCCUUUGCACAUAGAUCAGGCAGCUUAAAAGCCCCCCCCCCCCUUCCUCAACCCUGAAGUCACAACUGACAAGCACACCCCACCCUCUUUUCUUAAAAGCUGGGAUGCACUGCACCAGCUCUGAAAAUGAAUACCAUCUUUAUCUAUGUAGCGAAGACCUCUUCUGCGAUUUGAGAUUGUGUCCUACCCCCCCGCAGGGACGUCUCCUGUUGAGUCUGAACGCGUAGCUCGGAGAUGACAUUCAUUUUGGUGCUUUAGUUUCUUCUAAUUUCCUGUCUGGGUGAUAGAAAAAGGGAGUCCUUUUCAGCUGAAUGUUACAGAGGGGGAUAUUUUUAUUUUCUCAGAGGUGCCUUUAUUUUUCUUCUCACCCUCAGAACUCACAUCUUUACAGGUUUAUGACGACGUAGCACUAAAAUUUCACCCGCACCCGUUCUGUCUUUUUAAACGCGUGAGACGUAGGAACUCGACGGACGUUUCGUGUCUUAGUUUGCACAUUGAAACAACGAGGAUAAUGCUGAUAAAGAGCGAGAGAGCACUGCUGCUAGGUGAGAAAGAGAGUAACGUGUUUGCGUAGUUCUGCUUGCCAACUGUGUCCCCCUCACCUAGUCUUCCAUCCACCUCACGACAAUGUAAUGGCGGCAUGCAGACAGGCCGGCGAACAUUGAAACUGAACAUUCCAUGUUAAUAUUGCUGUAAUGCAGUUUGAUGGUAUUUAAGUUUGUUUGUAUAUUUGGAGUUCUGUGUACUAGUUUUAAUGUAUAUUGAACAAAAGACGACUAAAGGUAUGCUUAAAUAUAUAUAUAUAUGUAACAAUUCAUGUUAAAUGUACUGUAAAUUGUAAAAUUGUUCAAAAUUUAAGUGACCAUGUUUGGUUUGCAAUAAAAGUUUAACUUUA